CAUACUUUGGAAGAAGAUUCUUACAUAUUUUAUUGGCACCAACUCAUUAAUAAAAUCAAGAAUCAAAUGCUUUUUGAUAAAUCCAAAAGGAAGGUGAAUAGCUCAGCUUAAGCUGUUUCCAACUCCUCUUCUUGUUUCUGCAUUCUCAUAUUUAUAUCCACAAACACACAAAGAAAAAGAAAAAAGGAAGAACCAUCAAACAAAAAUAUCAAAAAAAUGCCUGAGACUCCCACAGAAUACCCCAUCAAGACAGUAGUGAUCCUAGUCCAAGAAAACCGAUCAUUCGAUCAUAUGCUAGGAUGGAUGAAGUCCAUCAACCCUGAAAUCGAAGGCGUCACAGGCCAAGAAUCAAACCCUCUAUCCACCACCGAUCUCAGCUCAAGUCGCGUUUUCUAUGGUCACCAAUCCGGAAAUGUUGAGCCUGAUCCCGGCCACUCUUUUGAAGCAUGCUACGAGCAAAUCUAUGGCGUUCCAUGGAGUCAGGAGUCAGCCUCUAACCACAACCUGCAUCCUACAAUGGAAGGCUUUGCGCAGCAAGCGGAGACCAUCGAGAAAGGAAUGGCCAACAUAGUGAUGAACGGCUUCAAACCGGAGCAGCUGCCUGUUUACAAGGAGCUGGUGUCGGAGUAUGCAGUUUGUGAUCGAUGGUUCUCUUCCGCUCCCACUUUGACACAGCCAAACAGGCUCUUCAUACACUCUGCAACGUCCCACGGUGCAACAGAAAACGACACGAAGAUGCUGAUCGAAGGCUAUCCACAGAAGACCAUCUUUGAGUCUGUGGAGGAGGGAGGUCACUCAUUUGGGAUAUACUAUCAGUAUCCUCCUUCAACCCUCUUCUAUAGGAACCUGAGAAAAUUGAAGUACAUAGACAACUUCCAUCAAUUUGAUCUGAGCUUCAAAAGGCACUGCAAGGAGGGGAAGCUACCAAACUACGUAGUGAUAGAACAGAGGUAUUUCGAGACAAUACUGGCCCCGGGGAACGACGAUCACCCGCCCCACGACGUCUCAGAAGGCCAGAAAUUCAUCAAGGAAGUGUACGAGGCACUCAGAUCAAGUCCACAGUGGAAUGAAAUCCUAUUCAUCAUCAUAUACGACGAGCACGGCGGAUUCUACGAUCACGUCCCCACCCCUGCCACCGGCGUCCCUAGUCCGGAUGACAUCAUUGGCCCCGAGCCUUACAACUUCAAAUUCGACCGCCUCGGCGUCAGAGUCCCCGCAAUCUUGAUUUCCCCUUGGAUUGAGCCUGGAACAGUGCUGCAUGGACCUUCCGGGCCGUACCCGACGUCGGAAUACGAGCAUUCGUCGAUUCCGGCGACGGUGAAGAAGAUUUUCAAUCUGAAAAGCUUCUUAACAAAAAGGGACGCUUGGGCGGGCACGUUCGAGUGUGUGAUAAACAGGACUAGCCCAAGAACAGACUGCCCCGGUAAUAACAUUACCAAGUUUCAUACAGAUUUGUUUUUUAGUCACUCCAACACUUAUAUACUGCUUUCAACUUCCGUCAUUUUUUUAUGUGGGAUUAGUUUGCAACCCAACAAAUACAUACAUGACAUGAAUAUUGAUGGUGGUGCAGUUGAGCUGUCGGAGCCGGGGAAGAUGAGGGUGAGGGAGGCGAACGAGGAGGCGGAGCUGACGGAGUUUCAGAAGGAGCUGGUGCAGAUGUGUGCGGCGUUGAGAGGCGAUCGUGGAGAGGUGAAAGAUAUGAAGGUGGUUGAGGCGGUUGAUUACGUGGGAGGCGCGUAUCGGAAGUUCUUGGAUGAUUGCGACAGCGCGGUGAAGAAUGGAGAGGAUGAGUCGCAUAUCGUGUGCCUCGCGCAUCAGACACAGCAAAAGCGUGUUUCAAAGUCAUUCGCCGGGAAACUCUUCGCCUGCUGCGCUUGUGGCCGCGAUCAGGCGGUUCAAUGAUUUGAUUUGAUUUUAUUUUAUUUUAUUUUUUAUGUAUGUAUUACUAUUUUAAAUUACAAUAAAUUUGAGUGCAACCUGUUUAUCUUAUAAAUAAAUAUUUACUGUUUGUUAA